UUAUUUAUCGUAUGUUGACGUUUCUCAAACUUUCGAUUUUGCAACUUGUUAAGUGCUUGCCUUAUUAUCUAAUGAGAUUAAUUCCGUUCAUGUGAUACGGUCCUGCAUGUUUGAUAUCAGCGACUUAUGUUUUAAACGCUCGAAAUUCCUAAGGUCAAUGUAAAGACAAAGUGAUGGUAUGAAUUGAUCGACCUUGUUUGUACCCUGAAAUGGUUUCAACUUUCGAGCUACUUUCGACUGAUUUAUCGAAAUAGUGGAGUUGAAUAACUCGGACCAGGCGUAGGUUGAACUUUGCACCCGAAGGGUCAUUUUCGGUUAAACAUUCUAGAAGUAAUUUUGAUACAGUGUCGGUGCCAGUUGCAGGAUUACCAUGGACCCAUUCAGAAAGAAUUCUCAACCGAUAACUCCAUUCAUUACAAGACCCUGGAUGAACAAGAAUGGGGCUGCUGCAGCAGCUUCUUCCGGUUCAUUGGGGCUCAAAGGAAUAAUAGCAGGUGGCAUUACUGGGGGUAUUGAAAUUUGCAUAACAUUCCCAACAGAAUAUGUUAAAACACAGUUACAAUUAGACGAAAAGGGGGCACAGAAGCAGUACACGGGCAUAGCGGAUUGUGUGAAAAAAACGGUGAAGAGCCAUGGUGUUUUUGGGCUUUACAGGGGGUUGAGUGUUUUGGUUUACGGAUCUAUCCCAAAAAGUGCGGUAAGGUUCGGAAGUUUUGAAUUCUUCAAAAACCAACUUGCCGAUGAAAACCACGAACUGGGUCCGAUUAACAGGCUGCUAUGUGGUCUUGGGGCUGGUGUGGCCGAGGCCAUUUUCGCUGUUACCCCAAUGGAGACUGUGAAGGUGAAAUUCAUCAACGACCAACGAAGUGCCAAACCUAGGUUUAAGGGAUUUGUUCAUGGCGUCGGUAUUAUUGUGAAAGAACAUGGUAUCAGCGGUGUGUAUAAGGGUUUGUCUGCGACAAUAAUGAAACAGGGUUCGAAUCAAGCCAUCAGAUUUUACGUGAUGGAAACGAUGAAACAAUGGUAUAAGGGCGAUGAUAAAAAUAAGAAGAUACCAAAGAUGGUUGUCGGAGGUUUUGGUGCUAUUGCAGGUGCUGCUUCAGUAUUCGGUAACACCCCCUUGGAUGUCGUUAAAACUAGAAUGCAAGGGUUGGAAGCUUCAAAGUACAAAAACACGUUAGACUGCGCCCUAAAAAUUUGGAGACAAGAGGGGCCUAUGGCAUUUUACAAAGGCACCGUACCUAGAUUAAGUAGAGUGUGUCUGGACGUUGCCAUAACCUUCAUGAUCUACGAUAGCUUUAUGGAAUUAUUCAACAAAGUUUGGAAGUAGGACUAGACUGAGAAAACGUCUGUUGUUUAUUCGCAUCGAUGUUUUAUUCAUGUCCAUAAAUGCUUGUCAAUUCAAGGUAACAGUUGGUAAAAUUUGACAUUUAUUAUUUGACAGGUGUUAGGUUACGCUGAUUUGGGGUUAGGUUAUGAUCUAAUGCUGAAUUCUUAAGUUAUUGCUUUUUAAAAUUCAACGAGUUCUUGUGAUAGAAGAGCAUAUUCCAUUAGAUUGUAUCGACGAUUGUUGCAUUUAACGGCUCAGGUUUUGAGUUUACGGCAUUUCGAGAGAACGUACAGUCGUGCAUUUCGUUUAUUUUUUAGGUCAGAGGUUAGAUUAUUUUUAUUAACGCCAUAUUUUUCUACCGAUUGUAAAUGUUAGAGGGUGAAUUUGUCCUAGUCAAGUUCUAAAAUGAGGGUUGAAAGUGAAUCUCCGAUUUUGGAAUUGUCCUUCUUGCGUCUUAAUUGUUACGGUUCAAAAUUGUUUUCAAAUUUUAUCUUUAUAGAUUAUAUGUAUACUCAACCAGAGGUAUUUUGUUAUAUUUGAAUAUUGUUUUUGUACGUUGCGUUUUGGAGAUUAUAUUCUCUAAUGAGCUUGUAUUUUAUGUUAGUAAAGUUUUUAGAAACAUUA